AUGGCCGAUGCAGAUGACCUUGCUGCUGCAGUUUGCACAGAGGAGCUGGCUGCGGUGGACAUGGCGAGCGGCGAUGCCGCAAAGCGCCUCAGAGGGAAAGUCAUGGCCUCUCUGAGCUGCAAGGAAGCUGAGCGGCUCCUCGAUGGCAAUUUCCGCGUGAAUGAUGAGGUCUGCUCUUCGUUGCGCGCGGCCUGGGACUGCGCCGUCCGUUUGGAGGCACAGUUGGGAGAGGCAGAUCGGCCAUGGGAGGAGCGAAACAAGUGGCUACAGGACCUCGCAGCCGAGCGAGGGGAGCUCGAGCAACAGAAGGCCGAUCUCGAGGCUACUCUGCUCACUGCCAAGCUGGAGGUGCAGACGGCCUGCGCCGCAGCCUGUGGCUUUCACGCCUCGCGCUUUGCGCAGGUGCUUGAGGACAACGUCGCUUUCCGAGCCCGCUGCGCGCGGCUCGGGAGGCAGCUCGAGUCCGUUGUGCAAUCGGCCCGGCGGAGCCUGCGAAUGCUAGGCGAGCGCCCUGAUGUGCGGCCGGAGUCCGAGGCGGCAGGCAUGGCGCGACGCUGGCGCCUGGAGUUUGACGCUGCCAGUGACGUGGUGGAGGCCAUGCUCCGCUCGCUGAGGCAUCCCGAAGCUGCUACGGCGGUGGCCGCCACGUCCCUGGAGCACGCGUUAGACCACAGCUGGCGCUUUGUCCUCGAGCUGGUGGGCUUGAUCGAGCGUCUGCUGGACGGCCUUGAGGGUGAACUCCUUACUUGCGCUGAGAACCUCCGGGACCGUCUCGAGGCCUCUCUUCCACAACUGUUGGAGGCAAAGCUUCAAGUGCAGGAUGCUGCUGCACGUGGGCAGCCUCAGGAUGUCGUGGCCUGCACCGAUGCCCUGACUGAAGCACAGGGCGGCCAGGUUGCUGCCUGGAAGCUGCUCACGGCGAACGCCAUUGAUCUGAGCAGCAUCGUGCCGACCAAAUUUGCCGAGGAGAUGCUUCCGCACCCAGCAGCCUUUGGGACGCCUCCACCCCUUCCCGCAGACCGGGCCGCAGACUUCCCUCCAGUCUUGCGCCUCUUGACCUACAACCUCUUUCUGAGGGCCCCGGCUCCUCAGUUCACGCACAACACCGACAACGACCGCAAGGAUGAACGCUUGUGCCGAUUUGUCGAGCACCUGGCGAGGUACGACCUGUUGUGCUUGCAAGAAGUGUACGGCGCAUUUUCUCAGAGACGCGAUUGGCUGAUCAACGUGGCAAAGCGAUUUGGCCUGAAGGACUCCCACCGCUCCUCCACGGGCGUCCGGCCGCGCUUCAUCGUAGACGGGGGACUCCUGAUCCUCUCGCGGUUGCCGAUUGUCUUCAAGUCCUCCAUGACCUUCGACCCUGGGACGAGUCUGGACCGCUUCUCUGCCAAGGGGGCGCUCUAUGCAAAGGUGCAGUGUGGACCGACGGGUCCCUUCCUCCACGUCUGCACAACCCAUCUCCAGAGCACCUACUCCGAGGACUCCUUUCAGUCGUCCCAAGCAAUACGCCACAAACAGCUCACAAGUCUUGUGAGCUUUCUCCGUGAGCAAACUGACGACACGAUGUCCGAUACAGGUAAACCUAGGCGCCAGUGGCCACUUUUGCUUUGUGGCACGCUGAAUUUCAACGGCCGGCGCGGACUGAUGGAUGGUGGGCACAGCUCCGAGUAUCGGGCAGUGUUGCAGCUUCUGCGGGAUGAGCUUGGAGAGGUCCGUGAUCUCCUCUUCGAUGUCUGCGGCACGCAUCCGGUAACCUAUGCCGACACGCGGCUGACGGGCAGUGGCGAAGUCCCCGUCGAGCGCGUGCUGACGAACGCGAGCGUUUACUCCAGUGAUGUGCUGAAGCGGCAGUGCCUAGACUACAUGUUCUUCUUUCCAUACCGUCCGGCUUCCGACAUGGAGGAUGGCUCCUUUCCAGAGCCCGUUGUCCCGGCCACGUGCCAUUUGGAGAAGUUUGCAGUGGACAGGGCCAAAGAUGUCGGAGCGCCGGUGACACAGCUUUCGGACCAUUAUGGUCUCGAAGCGACGUUGGCAGUGAUCGAAAGCCCUGCCUACCUGGCAGCUGAGCGGCCGACACAGCGCUCGCGAGGCUUUGAUCCGCCCAUCCUUACCCGAGGGACCAAGCCAGCUGAUGAUGGCUAUGCUGGAUCAGCUACAGUUGAUGCAGCACCCAAUGUGAUGGAGGAGGCCAGAGGGAUGGACCCCGCGGCGGAGAGCUCCGCUGCUGGGGACGAGGACGCUGGCAGCAGCCACACUGCGGAUGCGCCCGUGUCAGAGGUCUCUCUGCCUCGAGCAGCUCCAGUUGCUUCUGCUGCCGAAGUUCUCAAGUAUAUACCGCGUCAGGAGGUCGACGUCGGCACGGGCGGGGACCUCAUGGAUGACACGCAUGCUGUGGCCGCCUCUGCUGCCGAGUGA